UUAGUCAUAAAUAAUGCUCGGAUUAGCCGCACAACGAAAAUCAAAUGGGAAAGUCGCCGUAGUCUCUCCAACAGAUGGAAUCGAGUUCGAUGUUAACGAAGAUAUUCUGAACAUCCACAUGAUCUUUCUGGGAGACUUUUGCCAAAUCAAUGUUGAGAAUAAUAUUCCGAUUUCUUAUUCAAAAGUGGAAGAUGCGUUCAGGUCUUUAAAAACUGAAGUGAGAACAGAUACUGUUGAGGUAUCCGGUGACACAGGAGUUCUAACUAGUGGACUUGCUCCAUUUUAUAAAACGAAAGAAUUUGGAGAUGUUGCUUGUAAAGGCCAGGCUCCAGGAGAGGCUGGAACAAACCAUAAUAUUAUUGUGUCUAGAUUGCCAGAGGAACAACGUAUCGGUCUAUACUCGAAGUUCGUUUGGCAAGGAUUAUCGGAUGGAAAAAUAGAAGUGAUCUCCAAAACGGCGGGUGUUCUAACUGAAAGAAAAGAGAAUAAAUCGAAUGCAAAAAAAUCUGAAGCAAAAUCGAAAGAAGAAUACACAAAAUAUAUUAUCGGAGUUGUUACUGGAAAAAAUCAACGAAAUAACGCAGUUUUCGUUACUUGCAACCUCACAUAUCCAGGAACCGACGGAAUAAUCGAAAAGAGUCAACUACAAAUUGGUGAUUGGGUUGAAAUUCGGUUUACGAAAAAAGAUUUCGUAAAAUACUUUCCAUCAAAUCCAACUGCAGAUACACCGAGAUUCAAUGUGAAACAUUUCGAAAAAAUUGAAAAAAUCGAAAAUUACUCUGUAACAUGGGCCGGCAACGGACCACAAGUGAAAAUCAGAAACUUUCAAUUUCCGGCUGGACACGUUCAAGGACAAUCUGUCGAGGAUAGAUUCCUGGGAACUAUUGCAAUUAGCAAAAAAAUUGUUACCAGUGAAUCUAAAGUCGAUGUAUUGAUCAAGCACCGAAAAUUGUUCCAAGCCGGUGACGGAAAACAAGCGACUUGGUUUUUCAAAAAUGUCAUAAAAUCUGAAAAAGAUUCGGAGGAUUCGGGGGAUUCGGAGAAUGAAAAUAGUUCAUCUACGGAUUCUCGUCCAUCAAAACCAAAGAAAAAUGUAGAAAAUAAGAAGUCAGAAGAAAAAAUUAAUAAUUCAAGCGAAAAAAAGGAAUAUUCAUCCAAUGUACCAAAAAUCAACUAUUCACAUCUACCUGAACCUUCUCCAAUGAACUGGCAAAUGGGACCACCAGGAAUCAUGCAUCCAAUGAGACCAAUUGGACAUUUUGGAGCAAUUCCCAAUCCACUUAUGUAUUCAAUGCCGUAUAUGUCAAAUAUGGCAAUUCCUCCACAAAUGAUGAAUCGUCAGCCAGUUCCAACGAAUAAUUCUGAACCGGUGAUUCAUAAAAAAGGAUUCAAACCAUUGAUUUCUACGGAGAAUCCACUUGUUCUGAAAAGAGCUGUGAUCACCUCGUUGAAACCGAAUAACGGAAAACAUUUGUAUGGAAAGGAAAAGAUUGCGUUUUUGUGGCUUCUCGAUGAUCACAAGCAAUCAGUCUAUUAUGUCUCUAAGAAUGAUGGCAUUGAGCCAGGCCACUUCUUCAAUGGUCUUUUUGCAUCUAAUGGUGACAAAUGGGAAUGUAAGAAAUACGUGAAACCACUUGGAAAACUCAUGGACGGAAUUGUAUCGAAUGAUUCGAUUGAGCUGCAACUAAUUGUUGAGACAUACUUUCCACAGUCUGGAGAACGUCUGAAUCCCGAGACAUAUCAUAGUUUCAUUGGAAAAAUUGUAGACAAAUUCAAUAAACUUCCAGAAGAUUGCUCAAGAGGAGUGAAAAUUAGCAUCAAAAUGUGGAAUAUCGUGGAGCGAAAUGAAUGGUGUUGGAUUGUUUCGAAAGUGUUUCAGUCGAAACACAUCCAACUUCUCACUGAAUUCCACCAAGCAUGGAAUGCUCCAGGAAUUCGUAAAUUGAUCAAGCUAAAGUGUUUGUCAUUAUUUGUAACAGUUUGUGAACUUUUCGACACAGUCCAGGAUGGAAAAAUGACUCAUGCAAGGAAUCAGUUGAGCAAUGGAAGAGCUUCGGCGGAAACUGAUAAUAAAGACGAUGGGAAACGCUUUGGAUGGGUCACUUGUCAUGACGGAGACUUCAUUAGAAUGGUGGUUUUCCCUCGAAUUGAAGGACAAAAGAUGAGCGAUAUGAAGAAGAAUAUAACGGAUAAAAAUGUCUUCAAAAAUGUUGAAAAAAUGGAAUCUCGCCACCUCUAUGAAGUGAUUCUCGAUAAAGAUGGAAAAGUCGUCGAAUUGUUCGAUUGUCCACAGUACUUUACAUCUAAUUCCAAGGGGGAGGUGGAAUUUAAAGUGAUUUGCAGCGAUGAAUGUCUUCUUACAAAAAAUGUUGGUCUCAUGGAGCCAAUUGGUGCACCAAAAUGGAUCGGAAAACUGAUGUUGUGCACAGAAGAUCGUCCAAUUCCGAAAAAGAAGAUUCUAAUGAAUGCGACGUUCAAACUUCUUGAAGAUGAUGAUCUUUUCGUUGACGAGGAUCUUGUUCGUGAGGAAAGCGUGUGCUUCGUCAAUAUUGGACGCGGUGAGAAAAUGGAAAAUCAAGACAUCGACGAAGUCUUUAAAAUAGAGAAGAAUGACUCGGAUCGACAAGUGAACAACUUGUUCCGCACAAAAUUGACGUGCAUGCCAAGCGAGACCAUUUAUUCGCAGUUCGUUCAAGUGUGCAAAAUUUUGAGCAACGAAGAUAUCGUUGAUGAAAUGAACAAAAGAAAUAUCGAUACGGAUUUGCUGAUCAAGCUUCAAUCGUCUUCACGUUGAGUAUGAAGCUUUUACAAAACUCGAAAUGGAAUGUUUUGAACGAAUUUCCAAACAUUUUAAAUUAUGUUUUUUGUAUUUUAAACGUGUAAUUUUACAAUGCAUCCGAAAUAAAAAGUGCGAAAUAGUUUU